AUGUUAUUUGUUCUCAGACGAAGAAAGACACUGACGGAGCCUGAAGUACGUUACUUCAUGAAACAAAUCCUUGAGGGUGUGCUCUAUCUGCAUGAGAGAGGAAUCAUCCACAGAGACCUGAAGCUUGGAAACUUGUUUAUCAAUGAUGAGGUUGAAGUUAAGAUAGGUGAUUUUGGAUUGGCUGCUAAAAUUGAAUACUCUGGCCAGCGUAAAAAGACUCUUUGCGGUACACCAAACUACAUUGCACCAGAGAUUCUCAACAAGAAGGGACACAGCUUUGAAGUGGAUGUCUGGUCUAUUGGAUGUAUCAUGUUUACCUUGUUGGUGGGAAAGCCUCCAUUUGAAACAUCUACCCUGAAGGAAACAUACUCCCGUAUUAAACGUUGUGAGUAUAGACUACCAUCAGCCAUCAAUAAGCGUCCGGCGGGUCUCCUAAUAAACAGGAUGCUUCAGGCAGAACCUGAGAAGCGGCCCACUGUUCGGCAGAUCCUACAAUCAGAAUUCAUGUCAGAAGGAUUCUUGCCCAGUCAGUUACCUGUCUCCUGUCUAACAAUGGCUCCAAGAAAUGACACACUCUACCGAACAGACUCACAGCGUAAACCACUCAAGGAUGUCUUGGACAAUAAUGAACAUAGUCCAGUACCAAAGGUGGCAGUGCCAGUUAAACCUACCGGCAAUAUAGUGCCCAGUUAUGGAGGGCUGGUAGGUAAGAUACGGCCAUCUCGUCCCAGCGUACAGGCUGCUGGUAGUGUACAUGUCAUGGCCAACGAGACCACAGCUGAGUGUAAUCGUCUUCUGCGUAACCUGGGCAAUCAGCUGCAGAAACUGCUCAGCAAUUACCGCACCACCAAUGUCAACUGUGUGCCCAUCAGUAACUUAGAGGAACUGACGGAUCCAGCAGCCCAGCCAUUUGUAUGGAUCAGCAAGUGGGUGGAUUACAGUGACAAGUAUGGCUUUGGCUAUCAACUAUGUGAUGACAGUGUAGGAGUCAUGUUCAAUGAUCAAACUCGUAUCCUGCUGCUACCCAAUCAGACGGACGUGCACUACAUUGAGCGAACAGGAGAGGAAUCCUAUUACACGAUGGGCUCCACUCCGGCAGAAAUAGACAAGAAGAUGAAGCUUUUGUCGUACUUCAGGCGGUACAUGUCAGACCAUCUGAUUAAAGCAGGAGCAGCUCAUGCACGACAAGAAUGUGACCGACUCACCCGAGUGCCGUACAUGCACAUCUGGAAGCGAUCCAACAACGCUGUGACAAUGCAACUCACCAAUGGAACAAUACAGGUUAACUUCAGCAAGGACCACACCAAGGUCGUUGUCUGCCCACUGAUGUCUGCUGUAACUUACAUUGAUGACAAGAAGAACUUCCGCACCUUCAGACUCAGCACAUUAGAGAGUUAUAUCUCUUUACCUCAGUUUGCACGGCUGGCAGACGGUCUAAAUUAUGUUUACAAAAAGAUACCUGAUCUCAUGAGUACAUAAAAUGCUCCCCUCCAGGCCAUAAAGGCCACAUCCAUGUCAGAUUGUGACAACAACACUGCGCUUGACUGCUAAACAAUUUUGGAAAUCUUUCUACAUCAAAUACUUUAUAUUUUAAUUGUAAUUUUCUUAGAUUUUAUCACAUUUUUUGUACUCGUAUUUAAUUUUUAUUUAUACAGUAUUUUAAAGUUUUUGUUAAGAUUUUAGCAUAUUUUUGUGAAUACCAUUUAAAUUUUAAAUUAUUUGUUUACUUUUAUGUUAUUUUUAGGUAUUAUCAUUAAUUUAUUUCUUUAAUUUUGCUCUGAAAAAAAAUAACAUUCCAUCCUGACUGAAGCCUAGCUGUUAUGACAUGCUAUAAUAGGCCUUUACAUUUUAUUCGUAAUAAAACAUGUUAAGUCUGUAUAAAACUAAAACUGUAUUAAGGUUGUCUUUCAGGUAAAAGUGUUGUAUGCUAGGGUUAUUGUGAAUUAGCUGGAUGAACAUGAAAAUUCCAGUUAAUUUAUUCCUUGUUUCAUUGUAAAUAAUUCUAUUAAAUGUUUACAUUAAA